AUGCUAAUUAAAGUGAAGGUGCUGACCAGAAAGGAGAUUGACAUUGACAUUGAACCCAUACACAAGGUAGAGCAAAUCAAGGAGUGUGCGGAGGAGAAAGAGGGACUCCCCCCACAACAGCAGCGGUUCAUCUACAGUGGCAAGCAGAUGAAUGAUGAGAAGACAGCAGCUGAUUACAAAAUCCUAGGUGGUUCAGUCCUCCACGUGAUGUUGGCUCUGAGAGGAGAAGGUGGUCUUAGGCAGUGA